UCGGCGGCGGGGGCCGCGGGGCCCGGCCCGCCGGCGGCAUGAGCCCUGCGGCGGGGCGGGGGGGCGGCAGCGCCGGGCAGGGCAGCCCCCGACGCCAUGCCCAAGGAGCGGCCGCUCUGGCGGGGCGCCGCUUUCCGCCUCUGCCUGCUCUCCGCCGCGCUCUUCCUCUGCCUGCAGCUGGGCAUGAGGCGAUCCUGGUGUCCGGAGGAGAAGUCCCGGGACCCGGCGGCGGCGCGGGCGCCCGCCCCGUCCCGCGGCGCGGAGCAGCGCCCGGGCGCGGCGGCGGCGGCGGCGGCGGCGGCGGCGGGGGGUGGCCGUCGGAGGGUCACCUACGUGCGGAGCGGCCGGCGGGGCAGCGCCGCGCCCGCCUGCUGCGCCCCGCAGCCCCCGGGCAGCCGCCGCAGGAAGACUGUAAGAUGGCACAUUGAACUACAACCAUGGGCAAGUCCAACCCCUUCCCUCAACUAUGAGGCCUCAAGGUUCCUAAAGUACAUUAGCACUUCUCAGAUUUCAUGUGAACACAUGAACCUGAGCAGCUUGAAAGGGUACUCUGAAACCACAAAAAAACCCUGGUCAGUCUGUCUUGAUGAGAGGUUUAGCCUCAUCCAUCGAAUCAGAAGCAAGAAAUGCCGUCUCUAUUCACUUGGGUUAGGCAAGGAUGACAACCAGUUUGAGCUCAGCAUGGCCAACAGUGGAUGUGAGGUGCAUCGCUUCGACCCCAGCAUCAAGUCAGCUCACAUUCAGGAGGGCCGGCACCUCUGGCACCAUCGCCUCUCCAUUGACUGGAGGGAUCCCAACCCAGCCAUUGCAGCUCACAAACUUCACAGCAACACAAAGAAGCUGGGCACAGUAUUGAAUGAAUUUGGACAUCAGAAGAUUGAUGUCCUCAAGGCAGACGUGGAGAGCGCCGAGUGGAAAAUUUUGGAAAACCUGAUCCUGGAAGAUGUUGUUGAGCAGAUAGGACAGCUGGUCUUUGAGGUGCACAUCCACUGGCCUGGCUUUGAGGUCAGUGGCAAUGACAGCACCGUGGUGCGGUACUGGUACAGUCUGCUCCGAGAACUGGAGCUGAAGGACUUCAGGCUUUUCCAUACCUACAAAGACUUAUCAAAACCACAGAUGUUUCUGAAAAAGGAAGCCUUCAACGCCAGUAGCUGUUACACACUGAGCUGGGUAAAUACAAGAUGGAAAUAGCAGAAAGGAAUUUAUGAUGUGUGAUUGCGAGCCAUCUGGCCCUGUAGUGUUAUCAAAGAGGAUUUUGGUGACACUGGCUAAAGUUGCUAAAUAUGCACACAAUGACUGCUAACAAAAA